AUGUGCAGUUCCAUUGCGGAGUGCUGGCAGGGGGAGUGGUGGGGGCGAUUCCUAUGCGGAGUGCUGGCAGGGGGAGUGGUGGGUGCAUGCACAGGCCCCUUAAAGAACUUUCAAACGAGGGUGAUUGCACAGAAGGGCGGGAGAACGGCUGCUGAGGUGGCAUCGACAGCGGUGCAUAACCGGGCUUUAAGGGACAACAUUCUGUCUUCAGGGCUCAAGAUGCCCAUCAUCAUGACGGCGCUGAACAGAGGCAUUCAGUUCUACACGUUUGAGACCGUCAAGGCAUGGCUCUUACGAGCCAAUCAGAAGCAUCCCAAAACGUUUCAGCUGCCCGAGUCGCUACCUCCCAGCUCAGUGGCAGGGGGAGCAGCAGGCAUGGCUGCCACUCUCCUCCUCUACCCCUUCUCCGCUGUCGGCGACCACAUGAGUCUGCAGGUGGGUGUUGUUGUGGGUAAAAGGGUGCACGUGAGCUUGCGUCUAUCAGUGGCAAGGGGAGCAGCAGGCCUGCCUGUUGCCAUUCUCCUCCUCUACCCCUUCUCUGCUGUCGGCGACCACAUGAGUCUUCAGUCGGGGAAAUACUCGGGUCCGCUCCAGGCCCUGGUGGGGGUGGCACAGCAGCACGGCGCCUCACAGCUGUUCAGUGUAGACCGGGGAAAUAUGCGGGUCUGCGCAAUCCCUGGUGGGAGUAGCACAGCAGCACGCCGCCUCACAGCUGUUCACACAUUUUCACCUUCCAUUCUCCGUACAAUCUCUCUCACAUACUCCCGUUUUCAGCCGGGAAAGUACCCUGGUCUGCGCCAGGCCCUGGUGGGGGUGGCACAGCAGCACGGCGCAUCACAGCUGUUCCGAGGGGUGGUGCCAAAACUGGCUUCAAUGGUGCCCGCCUCUGCUAUGAACUUCCUUGUGUUCGAAUCGCUGAAAGAUGAAAUCAAGGUGAGCUGGCCUCCAUCCAUGGUGCCCGCAUCUGCCAUCAACACUCUUGUCUUUGACUCGCUCAAGCAGGAGAUCAAGAGACGAAGAAACGGCAAAGACCCGUCUGCAGUGCGCACACUCGUUGCCGGCGCCAUUGCAGGAGCAGCCUCCACUAUAGUCACACACCCGUUUGAGCUCUGCCGGCGCGAAAUCAACAUGAGCUUGCUGCCAAAGCACGCCACCCCUACGGGUGGGCACCUGGAGUACAACUCCCUUCGCCAGGCAAUGAGGGGGAUAGUAAUGAAGGAUGGGGUGAGGGGGCUGUACCGAGGGGUGCUGCCGAGCCUCAUUGAGCUGGUUCCAGCCACGGCGAUUGGGUUCUUGGUGUAUGAGAUGGGGAAGAGGGUGAUGGUGGCUGAGGGGCAGGAGAGGAGGGAUGAAGUGAAGGGGUGA